UGAAAGCUGUGCACGCUGCGGAAGCUAAAGCAUCGCCCCUGUGCCACACGGAUGCCCAUACAGUAGUAGGCAGUAGAAGCAACAGCAGCAACAACGAGAACACCAAACGAAAAAACAAAAGGAAACCUUUUAACACAACAAUAACAAGGCCGAAUCGGUGUGAGAGGACGAGGUUAAGCCCUGCCGGCGGCAAAAGUGCGUUUGGAAUUUUUUGAAGAUAAAAAAGUUCGGAGGAAGUUUUGAAAGAAGUCGCUGCGUAUCAAGUUCAAGACCGGCCUACAGUGCCGCCGCAUGCGUUUCGUACAUCGUGUCCGUACAUCAUUGUUUAUCCUUGAGAACGCAUCUGUGCGCGUGAACUUCGCUGUGUGUGUGGCAGUGCAAGAAAGCCACAAGGCGGAAAAUUUGCCAACGCCUCCAUGUGAGCAGGCAGUUGGCCGUCAACUGUGUGUUUGUGCGUGUGCGUGCGUGUGUGUGUGCGCGGCCUGACUGCCUUCUCCAGUGCCCCAGUGCUCCACUGCUCGACACAUUGUCAGCGCAACUCUGUGAACGCAGCUGAAAAGUCAGCAGUGACAAAAAAGUGAAAGCGGAAACGGAAACGGAAACAGAAGCGCCAGAGAACCGAGUGGCGAAAGCAGAAGCAGAAGCAGAGGUGGAGGUGGAGGCAACGUUAACUGCGACAACUGUGAAAUGUGCGGCUGCAUUGUUGUUUUGUUAGCACUUUGACCCAAAUCGCAUUGCAUUGCAUCGCACUGAACUGCCCUGCAUAGGAUAGCCCAGCAAAGCAGAGCAUAGCAUCCCAUGGCAGGUGUGUCAGUGAGCUGGAUCUGAGCGCGGACUUCCAUGCAUGACCGAUAAGCUCCGGUGUCACCAGCAAAAGAAAGUCGCGAGUGGCGUACAUACAUACUCGUAUAUAUAGCAGCGUACCAGGGUCCUCCGAUAACCAGAAUCCGUUGGACUGCCAUCCACAGUUGGCCGCCCCUCACAUAUACCAGCAUUGAAGCGAUGAUAAUGGCCUGGGUGCCACCACAAAACUCAACGAAGGACGCUCAGAAAAAGCGCUGCUGCUCUCAAAGGACAUUACAUUAGAAACGAUUCAUCAUCGCCCCUACCAUUGUUGUUGCCCGAAACAAAGCAGCAACAAGAAGCAGCCACUACAGCAAAUUGAAUGUAAUUUCAUAAAAAGCGAGUGUUAAUUUUUUGCCGGCUACACAAUACAAGAUAGAUAUACCCAAGACUACGGGUAAGGCUACGAAUACAGAGACAGUUACUAAGGGGCAGAGCCUGAGGAGAGGCAGCUACACACAGACACAGAUGUAGCUUAAUGUGCUAACGCGCAGUGACAUGAAAAAUGAUGGAGAGCAUGCAAGUUUUGCCUCCACGCAACUUCUAGAGAAGAACGAAAGAAAGAAAGAAAGAAUCUAACAACAAGCUGCAAAUUGGCGACGUGUUGCAAGUGGGGUAAAGGCGUAUUGUUGCACGCAGGACAAGAGGCGGCAUCAGACAACAGACAACAGACAACAACAGACAGCAGACAACAGCCAUCGCAUUGACAGGAGACAACAAAAAAGGCAACGCUUGCACAUUGGAAGAGCAUCAUUUAUCAGAGGCAUCUGAGGCAGCUGGGAGCAGUCGGUCAGGCAUAUGUGUGCCGGAGAUGCUGGCAUUGUGCAGUAGCCGGAGCCGGCGCUGAAAGGAUUCUGCGCGUUCAUUCAAAAAGCCAUUAACCCUAAUAAGCAGCCACAAGAAUUAGCCGCACAGUACCCGCUCGAACCGACGCCUAUCGAUGUGCCUGCCUCAACGUCGGCUCUAGGCAGUAGGCAAAGGAGAGUUUCGUGAACGGAACAGUCACUGGACAGGACCGGACCUCUAGGGAAGCUACCACCAAUGUUGCCGCCACGGCUGCUGCUCCGUCUGCGGCGGCCCAUGCAUCUGAUGGAACUGCGCAUCCUUCUGCUCUGCCUGCCGACGCUGCUGCUGGCCACAACACUGGAGCCAGAUCAGAAGUCAGUACUCACAGAUAACGACUGGAAGAAGCUAUGGAUGCGCGGAGGUAUAAAUGCCGAUUCGAAAUUGGACAAUAAUCUCGACUCGAGCGACAGUCCAAUGUUUGAGGAUAGCGAGCUGAUGGCGCACAACACAACCGUGCAGCUGGGUGGCACCGCCUUUCUGGUCUGCAAGGUCUCCGGCGUGGAUAGAGUGGGUGUAAAUUGGAAUCAAAUUUCUUGGAUUCGUCGUCGGGACUGGCACAUUCUCUCAUCGGGGGCCCAGCUCUACACCAACGACGAGCGCUUUGCGAUACUCCACACGCCCGGUUCCAACAUGUGGACGCUGCAGAUAAAGUUUGUACAGCGGCGGGAUCACGGCAUGUACGAGUGUCAGGUCUCGACACCGACUGGCAUCAUUUCGCACUUUGUGAAUCUUCAAGUGGUUGUGCCGGAGGCCUUCAUACUCGGCUCUGGCGAGCUGCAUGUCGACAUGGGCUCCACAAUCAAUUUGGUUUGCAUUAUUGAAAAGAGCCCCACACCACCGCAGUACGUGUACUGGCAGAAGAACGAUCGGCUCAUCAACUACUACGAUGCCAGGCGGGACAUCUCCAUAGAGACCACACCGGGGCCGCGGACCCAGAGCCGUCUGAUCAUUCGCGAGCCGCAAAUCACCGACUCGGGCAACUACACCUGCUCGGCCAGCAACACGGAGCCGGCGAGCAUCUACGUCUUCGUCUCAAAAGGCGACAAUAUGGCGGCCAUCUCCAGGCGGAAGACUUCCUCGGCCGAUCGCCUGGCGCACAUAUUUAGGUCGAUGCUGGCGCCCUGUCUUCUGCUGAACACUGUUGUUGUGAGACGCAUCUUCCUGACCUAAGCACAUGGCUGGGACAGCUGGGCACGUGGAGACGUGCGAAGUGCUCGCACGAUUACAAAGAAAAAUCCUAUUUAAGCUAUUUCAGUGUUAGACCUAAACUAAACCGAACGGCCACGGCCACGGCGGACGGUGCAAGAUUAAUAACUAAACGAAGCAAAACGAAGGAAAGAGAAAACCGAAAGAAGAAAUAAACCAAAGUUAGAAUAAUCGCUAAGCUAAGCUCGGUGAAAGCUGCGCAAUCAAGUGUAAAAAUCAUGCAAAACCAAUCACAGUCAAAGUACGUUACGUUUGUGGGUAUCGUUUCUACUCUUACGAUACUCGGAUGCAAGGCAUUUACUUGUAUGUACUACAUGUACAUCCAGGAGCAUUUAGAUAAGCUUCACUCAGUUUAGUUGGUAACUUACAGCCCCCCAUUGAUUUUGUACUGUACAGUAUGUUGACGAAUUUUGAUAUACACAUACAUACAUAUAUGUUAGCUACAUUUAUGAAUAGGUUUUUGUUUACUUUCACCCCCGGAACCUCGUAUCGUCGUAUUCCCCGUUUCACCAUCGAAUGACUCCGGAUGAUGCCUUGUUUGUACUGGCACACGUAUGAAGUCGUUGAACCGAAAACGGAUACGAGUAUUUAUUUAAAAAUGCCUCUGUCCGAGUCAGUGGAAUGCUCUUUACAUCGCAUUACUCUCUCGUACGGAAACGAAAUUUGCAUAAGUAGCCAAUUUCAGUCCAUUAAAACAAGGUAUACAUACAGACAUGCAUACAUACGUGAAUAUAUACAUAUAUGUAUCUACAUGCAUACAUAUACGAAAUGUAUUUGUACACAUAAAAAAACACACACAUUAAAACGCUAUUAUAACUGUUACUAAUUGCUAAUUGAAAACUAAAAGUAUAAAAAAGGGCAGGGGGCACGUCCAGCCCAUAGAAAAGGCCACAUACAACAAAUUUAAAUUAAAAAAAAAACGGAAAGAUUUCAAAGCCGAGAACGAGAACAUCAGCCUAUAAUAAUUAAUUAUGUUAUUAAGUUUGUAAAUAAAUUUCAUUGCAAAUGGCAUGGCACACACACUCACACGCACACACAAGGACACCCGAACACACACCCAUUCAGAGGCAGAAAAACGUAAACGUAAUUUAAACUGUGUAAAUAAAAAUGGAAAACCUACUCCCCAAAAAAAGUAAAACCAGGCAGGCAUACUCGUGCAACUACAACUGACUGAAAAUGGGCAAAAUUGGAGUUUGGUCAGGGCCAAGGUAUGCAUUAUGGGGUUUUAAACUGUCAGAAUAAAGCUGUAAUUAAUUGCAAGCACUCAUUAAUGGUGGGGCGGAGGAGGGCGCCACCUGGCUACAUACAUAUAGAGUAAAACGUAGGAUAAUAAAACUUCAUCAGUCAGCCAAAUCAAUAAAUUACUUUAGUUUUGCAGGACAUUUCAUCUCAGUCGUAUCUUCAGAAAAUUUCCAUUUCACUGCAAACAUUUUUCUUCUCUCCCAACUCUCCCAUCUUCUACCCCAACAUGAAUCACCUCAAUCGAACAAGCCAGGAAAGUAACAAACAUCUACGUAAUAGAGACCUCUCGACUGUUUCUUACACUCUGUCGUCUGUCCGCAGGGGGCAGCAGUCUAUACGAUAUACAUAUGAUACAUACAUAUGUAUCACAAUACGGCGAGUGCCCCAAAAUUGCAAUCGGUGUAAUGUCAGAAUUAACCAACAAACAAGCAAACAUAACUAACAUUCGUUCAGUGUCAGUACGUAAUUUACAACAUAAAGCUGUUAAGAGAUACUAUUUGAAGUUUGAAUAGAUUCCUUAGUGUAAACCGAAACCAAAAUCUUAGCGUAAUCAUUGAACCAUUGUAAUAGCGAAAGUACAUAUUGAAGAUAUUGAGAAAACUGAAAGAAAAUACUGAAAAUAGCAUUCCAGAGUCUCCUUGAUGUGUUUGCAUGUGUAUGCGUAUGCCCGAAGCCCGUUGAACAAUUGCCACAUCUUUUUAUUGGAUUGCAUUUAAUUGAAUUAAAUUUGAUUGAAUCGGAUUGUAUGGAACAUUUAGUUGGUUUCCACUGUUAAGCAUUAUUCCACUGUAAAUAUUUUUUUAAUUAAUACCUAUAUUGUGAAUGUGGCUAUUAGUGGCCAAUCGAUAAUUAAUGAAAUCCACAUAUGGCAACAAAGAAAAUUAUUAUAGAUAUUGUAAUCUCGAUAAGAAGCGCAGAGCAGACAUAGCGAAGGAUAAAUAAAUACAGAAACAAUUUCAGAAACGAUUCAAAUGUUUUCAAUGUAAGUGCUCGUGCGCAUAAAUGUAAAAUUUCAACUUGCAACAAUUUGAUGAAUAUGAAUUUAAUAAUAAUAAAACAUAUUAAUAAAAGUAACCAACAAAAAAAACAAAAACAACAACAACAGAUACUUUGUG